UUGUCGCAAAAUUAUUCAGAUUCGCAUCUUUAUUCUCUGACAUUAAAAAAAUUCGCCCGAUUAAAGAUCAAUCGUAAUUUCGCAAUAACGUUGCGAGUAUAUUAUACUGUAGUUUAUUGCACAUGACAAUGUAAGAAAAAGAGAAAGAGAGACAGAAAAGUGCAUACGCGUCGCGCAAGUAUGGCGGUAAUCCUAUCAGCUGAUAGCGUCCGUCGUUGGGAUGACGGACCAGAUUUUGGUUAAUUGGAUUAGCUUAUAGCAAAUACCCCCUUCCCCGCCACCGUCGAUGACCACAGGUUGCGUGUGCUGCUGGGCUACGUUACGUAUAUACGAUACAAAUGACGCAUAGACGCAUAGAAUGCUGAUGCAUUUCUUGUACGUUGACACGAGAUACUACGACAUCAAGGAAGAACCGAGGACGAGCACGCAUCGCUGACAAGCGGAGGAGAACUCGCGGGAAUGUCGCAAGGUAUAGACAGAGUUCCGUCGAGUCGAAAAGUGAAAGGUUAAGAACUUCGACUUCGGCGACGGUUAAAGGAGAAACCGCGAGAGCGAGUCCGCUUUGAUCGCGGAUCGGCCUGCGUGAGCGGAUCAAUCUGUGAUGAGCGACUCCGAACAGCGGCAAUUGCACGUGCCUUAUCGAGAAUACCACAGUCAGAACAACACCAGUCCCGCGGUCACUCUCGUGGAAACCGAUGCGCUGGUGGAUCUGUCCAUCAAUAACCAUAAUCAGCGCCUAUCGUCGCAGAACGAGCGACAGUCGCCGGCGCCGCCGCCGCCGCCGCCACCGGGGGACCUCCUGCCAGACGUCGAGUUCAUUCCCGGUCUGAGCAACGACCAAACCCUAGCCAUAGAUUCCUCCGGGAUCGACCGGGAGAGCCAGCCUCUCCUCGGUCGCUUGGAGCUCGAUGUUACGUUCAACCGAUUUCCAGAUGAUCCACAGUUCACGGAACUGGUGUGGCAGGCUGAGUGUGCGAUAGACAAUGGGGUUUAUCCAGAGAGGAUAUACCAGGGUUCCAGUGGUAGUUAUUUUGUCAAAAAUCCCGCAGGGAAAAUAAUAGGUGUAUUCAAGCCAAAGGAUGAGGAACCUUAUGGCAGGCUGAAUCCAAAAUGGACAAAAUGGAUGCACAAGCUUUGCUGUCCCUGCUGCUUUGGCAGGAGCUGUCUGAUCCCGAAUCAGGGAUACUUGAGCGAGGCAGGCGCGAGUCUGGUCGAUCGCAAACUAGGCCUCGGCGUCGUGCCGAAUACUAGAGUAGUGAAACUCGUCAGCGAGGUGUUCAAUUAUCCACCCCUGGAUCGUCAGAAGGCACGCAUGAAACAGGCUAUCAUGGACCAGUUUCCCACAGUGGGAUCGCACUUCAAUCGUAUCGGCUUGCCACCAAAGAUCGGUUCCUUCCAAGUUUUUGUGGACGGUUACAAGGAUGCUGACUAUUGGCUAAGACGAUGGGAAAACGAACCCAUGCCGGCGCGUUUGAGUCGAGAAUUUCAACUUCAUUUCGAGCGUUUAGUCAUACUGGAUUAUAUCAUCAGAAAUACAGACAGAGGUAACGACAAUUGGCUGAUCAAGUAUGAUACUAGCGUCAGCAAAAACGGAUCUGAGCAGGGUGAGGUGAAGAUCGCGGCGAUCGACAACGGCCUGGCCUUUCCUUUCAAACAUCCGGACUCUUGGCGGGCGUAUCCUUAUCAUUGGGCAUGGUUGACUCAAGCAAAACAGCCGUUUAGCGAAGUUACGAGAGAGCUAGUCCUGCCGCAACUCUCAGAUCAGAACUUUGUACAGGAUCUUUGCGACGAUCUACACCAAUUGUUUAAACAAGAUAAGGGCUUUGAUCGGCACCACUUUGAUAGGCAAAUGAGUGUGAUGCGUGGUCAGAUCUUGAAUCUACAACAGGCCCUGAAAGACGCCAAAAGCCCAGUACAAUUGGUACAAAUGCCGGCUGUAAUCGUGGAAAAAUAUGUGCAGCCUCCGCGUGCAAAGUCCUUCGCACCGGAGCGAAUGUAUAAGCUGCCGUCAAAACAACUCGAGACUAGUACAACUUAUCAUUUGUCGUAUUUAAAUGUGGAUCCGCGUUAUGCGCGAUCGCAACCGAUUCGGCCCGUUCACAGUCUUCAAAGCAGUACCGGAAAAUUUAUCGACGAGACGACGAAUCAAUUAUCUUACAGGCCCGUAUGGCAGAUUGUUAAAGCGGAGCCAAUUAUACCAAAACGUAGAAUGACAGCUCCGGGUGUAAUGGAAACCGUAACAACGGUUCGUCGCGAUUAUACGCCAAAGCAUGUCGAGAAGCCGGAGAUGAUUAUACCCUGCGGAAGUAUCCGCACAAGUUCAGCACCCUUAGAUGACAGAACGAUGACGAGACUAUCAUAUAUUUCUCCUGGAUCUAUUGAACCUGCAAUCAGUUUUAAGCCGAUAAUAAAAUAUUGUCCACCGAACCAGCCGCUAUUUAGAGAGACGACGCAGAAGCUGAGCUAUCAACCCUUUGUCGUUGAUAAGAAGGAACUCUAUCCCUGGGCGCAGAAACGGGCGUAUAAACCUCCAGAUAUUGCAAUGUGUGGCAAAACUACUUAUUCCGAGAGCUACAUAGAGAACUACGCGGCUUCAAUGGAAAAACCUUUUCUUCCUAUGGCGGCAUAUAUAUUUCCAUACGGUGCCGAAUUCGCGAAUAAAACUAUUUACAAGGAGAGCUAUCUGCCAGGUGAUGCGGAGCGCGUGGAGCCGUUUAUUCCCUGCGGCAGUAUCUCUAUCCCCGACGUAAAAAUGGCCACCGAUACGACCAACAAGUUGAGUUAUCAACGAGUCUGGACAGAGAGGCGGAAGCCGUUCGUACCCCCGCGCCCUAGGGAUAUAACAGCCGGUAGAAUGCAAUCGGAGACGACGACUCGUUGCGAAUAUGUAACAAAAACGACAUUGCGUCCAGACCUCGUCAUCCCGUGCGACAAUAUUCGCAUCGCCGACGUACCGUUUGAGAGAGACACGACUACCGGGUUGUCUUACGUAAAACUCGAUGCGAUAAAACCCGUUCGCAGUUAUAAGCCCAUAGUUACGCAAUAUCGCAGGCCGGAAAUUAAGAUAGAUUCCGAAACGAUAAAUAAAUUAUCGUAUCAGGCGUGGGCGUCGAAAUCCAAAGAAGAAUUUCCGUGGGCCCGAAAGAUUAAAUAUCGGCCGCCCAAACAUCCGAUGAUCAGCGAUACGGUCUAUCACAUGAGUUAUCCCGCACCGGGCCAUUAUAUCGAGGACAAUACGUGCGUAGAGUGCCCGUGUCCAAUUGAUGAGCAAGAUGACAUUUCUAUGUCUACUGCGGCAAGAGCAGCAUCUUAAAUAUUUUUGAAUUAGAUACAAUAUACACUUGCUGAUAUAUUAUACAUCAUUUUAAUUCAUUAACGAUCUAUUUUCAGGAUAAAGAUUCUUUAUAUAUUAGAUAAAAUAAAAUUACUUUAGGGUAAAACAAAAAUUACCAAAUUUCUUUAUAAAUUUUCUAAAAAAAGAGAUUAUCCUCAUGUAUGUUCUCUGAAUAUACUAAUAUUUUCCGGAAAAGAACGAUUGCUUCAAUUAGAAUUGUUAACUAAAAUUCUUUACACCGUAUGUUAAAAAGAUUCUAAUGAGUUAAUAUCAAAAAUGAAUAAAAAAAGCAGGAUUAAGCGGAUUUAUACAUUUUGUUCUUCGAGAAUCAUGAUAAUUCUGUUCCAAGUACGCAGCAAUAAAUAGCCGGUAUAUUGAUUUACAAUGUACUUUAUUGCGAAAACAUGCAUGUUAUGUCAAAUAUAGCAAUGUAAUAAACAAGGAGAUGUGCAUAUCAGUAAUAUAAUAGUCAUUUCUCGCUUAAUCGUUCUCGAUAAUAAAAUAAACUCUAAUUUUCAAUAAAAAGAACAAUAGACAAUGAUAAUGUCUAUAUUUACUCAAAACACACAUUCUUGUACAUAUAUAAUAAUAUAAAGAUAACGUUGUGUGUGUAUUCCUAUUCGCGACGGAUUUGUGUUUUACAUUAUGGAUACAUAUAUAAUAAUUGACAGAUUUUCUGUUAAUAUAUGCAUAAGACAUAUAUAUAUAAGGGAAGAAAAUAGACCAUAGUAAGUUAACUUUAAGCUUACAAUGUAUACGUGCGUGUCUAAAGUUGGAUCUGCUCUGUAUACAUCUCCUUACUCUCUCUUUAUACAUUCUCUCUUUCUGCUCUAAAAAUUAGAUUAUCUGCUAAAUAACGCAUAUAUGAAUUUCCGCGAAAAGUCAUCUUUUCGGAAGAUCAUAUAUGUAUAUAUAAAAAUCUAAUAUUGCGGGGAUAACGCUUAAGGUAUAAAAUAAAAACUAAUUAAAAAAUUGUUACAACUUAUUUUCUUAAAUUCGCUAGAACUUAUCGAAAAAUUUAAGAAUACAAGGUUUAAAAAACUAUAAAGCACUUAAAAGAUCAUAUCAAAUUGUCACAUUAUUAUAAUGCAUUCUUCGCGAUUUGAUCUGAUCUUUUCCUAAAACUCAAAUCGAAUGCAACUAGAGCUUUUUAACUGGAUUUUUCUUUUCAUUCAAUAUCUUUUUCCAAAAAUCCACACAUUCAAUUGUAACUUGACUAUGCGAUCAUGUAUAUGUAUAUGAAGAUGAUUGUCUAUUUCUUUAAUUAACAUUUCUUGUACUCUCAAAAUCUCUUCGGUGAAUAUCUAGCUUCUAUAUCUAAUUCUUCUAAACGUAUUUUUAAAUUUGAAGGUAAUAAUAACAUUAUUUUCUUUUAUAUAGUGUUCUCUAAAAGUGUAAAAAAUCAAUUUGCGACUAUCAAAUAUUUUUUGAAUUAUCAUUAAACAUUAAAAAAAGAAGAAAAAAUGAGCACAUUUCACAGAUUAUCCGCUAACAUUUUUUCUACAAAAUGAUAUAAGCAUUUAAUAAAAAUAAUUCUUAUAUAUACAUGAAUUUAUAUAUAUAUAUAUAUAUAUGUCAUACAAUGUAUAGAUAUGAAUUAAAUUUCUAUUCUUAUAUAUAAGGUGUGUAAUUAUAUUUAUAAUUACAAGAGCCCUCUUAACGCUAUGUCAUAGAUAAUAACAAUCUUUGUACGUAGAUUUCUUUAUAUCCUACAAGAAUUUAAAAUAAAGUCGUUAAAUGAUAAAGUUGAAGGAGACAUGAAGAACGUAAGAAAAAACAAAGAUUCGAUAAAAUAUCAUCAAAACAUCAACUGUAGUGCGAACACAAAGAAGUAAUUUUUGGUGUCGCUUUCUCACUAGUAUAAAUUCAUUAUAUGUAAAUGUGUAAGAAAUAAAAGAUUAGAAGAGGAGUAGAAAAAAAGCAUUGACCGAACGUCGAAGGGUUCUCCGUUUUUCGAUUCAAAAAGUUAUAUUUACAAAGAGGGAAGAAUUCACACAAGAUUUUCAUCCCAACACAAAAUAUUGUGUAAAAAUAAUUACGCGCGAAGAUAUUUUCACGCGUAUCAGCAUGUUUUGUGCAGAUAUUCUCAAACUUUAUUACACUUAGGCGCGAUUUGUGUGCAUGAUCAACAGAUAUAUAUUACUAUUUUAUAUAAAUGUAUAUACAGUGAUUCCCGAUUGUAAGCAUACAUUGCUCAGCUAUUUUUCACUAAUAAGACACCGGACUUGUUCUCCAGGAAUUGCUCUUUGUCAGCAUCAAAGCUUAAUCGUUUAAAUCAAAUAAUCGGCUGAAGCUUUAGAAUCGCUCUGUCAGGAACCGCAGGUUCGUUUGCUUACAAUGGAAUCAAGAAUCGUAUCUACAACCGGGAGUCUCCCACUGUAUAUAUAGAUAUAGAUAUAUGCAUGUGUAAUAUAACACCCUUCUAAUUCUGGAAUGAUCGAAUUCUUCUUUUAUUUUGAAAUCUUCCCUCAAUUCUCCCACUCUAAUGGCACAUGUACGGAACGAAAAUACCAUCGCUCCGCAUUUUAUCUUUCACUCGCUUUCUCACUCUACGCAUAAUUAGAUGACGAAUGAGUAAUAGGGGAAUAGCGCAAAAGGAAAAUUCUAAAUUAUUCAAAAUGAUGCGAAAUUCAGAAUAAAGAAGACGAUUGAGAAUAGCGAGGUUCUCAUAACAACUCUUACAAUUUUUUUUUU